AAAAUGACAGCAGGAAAUCAUUCCACAGUGACUGAGUUCAUCCUCGCUGGGCUAACAGAGAAACCAGAACUCCAGCUGCCCCUUUUCUUCCUCUUCCUAGGGAUCUAUGUGGUCACGGUGGUGGGGAACCUGGGCAUGAUCACGCUGAUAGGGCUCAGCACUCACUUGCACACCCCCAUGUACUACUUCCUCAGUAGCUUGUCCUCCAUUGAUCUCUGCCAUUCCACUGUCGUUACCCCCAAAAUGCUCGUGAAUUUUGUGACAGAGAGGAAUUUUAUCUCCUAUCGAGCAUGCAUGACUCAGCUCUACUUCUUCCUCGUUUUCGUUAUUUCAGAGUGUCACAUGUUGGCUGCAAUGGCAUAUGAUCGCGCUGCAAUGGCAUAUGAUCGCUAUGUUGCUAUCUGUAACCCAUUGCUUUACAAUGUCACCAUGUCUUAUCAGGUCUGCUCCUGGCUGGUAGUUGGGGUAUAUAUCAUGGGCUUGACUGGUGCCACAGCUCACACUGGCUGCAUGCUAAGAGUGUUUUUCUGCAAGGCUGAUAUAAUCAACCAUUACUUCUGUGAUCUCUUCCCACUGUUGGAGCUCUCCUGCUCCAGUACUUACAUUAACGAGGUGGUAGUUUUGUGCUUCAGUGCAUUUAACAUUCUUGCCCCCAGCCUGACGAUCCUUGCCUCCUACAUCUUCAUCCUCUCCAGCAUCCUCCGCAUCCGCUCCACUGAGGGCAGGUCCAAAG